CAGUACUUCCAGGGAGGUUUUGCGUCCGUCGUUUGACAAUUUCGGAGGAAGUCGUCACAGAAGUUGUGCGUUGUGGAGGUCAAGUCAAAUCUCAGGUAGUUAGGUUCUGAAGGAGACCCAGUGACAUCAUUAUCGACCAAUCAUGGUGAAGAAGAAGCGCGUCCGCCUGAUCGCUGAGAUGGCCCGGAAGAUCCGUGUGUACCGGGAGCUGAAGAAUCGGCCACGGGAGUCUGAGAAGUACGCACUGGACUACGACACCAUGACGCGACCACACACCAUGAAGACCCUGCCCGUGCUUGCCUGGCAGGACGUGAGGAGAGAGAGCCGUCUCUUCUCCCUGCUGUCUGGCCUCAGGCUGUUCGGGGUUGGCCACCUGUUCACACGCAAGUCUUGGCUGACAGAGCACCCUGAAGCACCUAGCUACUGGCAGGUCACCAAGGUCAAGGUGGACUACACUGCAGAAAACAUGGACCACGGCAGAGCAUGGGGAAUCCUGACCUAUAAAGGCAAGCAGGAGAGUGAAGUGAAGGAGAUUGACAAGGUGAUGUACCAUGACUGGCGUCUGGUGCCCAAACACGAGGAGGAGCAGUUCAAACUCUACAACCCUGUUCCCGAGCCCCCCAUACGCUAUGUGUCGUACCCGCCCCUGCUCCGUGCCAUGCUUCUCGCCCAGCGGCAGAAAGAUAAGCUAGGGGCGGCGGUUGAGGAGCCAACCUUACCCCUGAAGAGGGAUGUCCUACUCAGCAAAGAGUACUUCAGAAGUCAGGAGAAAGAGAGGGAGCGGGAGAGGCAGGAGGGGACAGCAGUGUGAGAGAGGGGUCAAGAGGAAAAGAGGUGAAAGGUUACCUACAAGGGACUGUGAUGUGAACUUGGAUAGAUCCUACACCCUUCGUCCAAAAGCAUUGAAUUGUUACAAGCAUGGAUGAAGGGAGUUUCAACCAUAUCCUUUGCACCAAUCAAUUCCUUUUAAAUCCAUGAGGGGGUGUAGGAGUGCACAUCUCAGGAGAAGGGUAGAGAAUUGGACAACAGCUAUAGCCGUUUCUUUUACAUUCAUAUGAGCCUUCUAUAAAGAUUAUUCUGAAUAGAAAGAAUUUGGGAUCAUCAGAUGGACUUGAGUGACAACUUGCUGUAAGGUUUCCACAACUGGCACUUGUCUCUUACCCAUAUUGUGAUGUGAUGCUUGUGUGUUUGUAUUGUAAAUAUUAAAAUAUACUACAUUAUGAAAAGAA